AAGCUGAUUCUAGGAGUGAUGGGUAAAGGGAUCAAGGAGGUGGGGACUUUCCCCACCUUUCUGGGCCUGAACCAGUUCCAGCAUUUCAGCUUCCUUCACAGCCCGCCCCCUUGUUUGCUGUGUUCAACUUCCUGCCCCACCAGAGGAAGUGGGGAGCGACAGCAGGUGCUGCGACAGCUAGCAGGGCCAUGGACAAAGAGUAUGUGGGUUUUGCAGCCCUCCCCAACCAGCUCCACCGCAAGUCCGUCAAGAAGGGGUUUGACUUCACAUUGAUGGUGGCAGGGGAGUCAGGCCUGGGAAAAUCCACCCUCAUCAAUAGUCUGUUCCUUACAAACCUCUAUGAGGACCGGCAGCUGCCACCAGCCAGUGCUCGCUUGACACAGACACUGACCAUUGAGCGCCGGGGUGUAGAGAUCGAGGAAGGGGGUGUUAAAGUGAAGCUGACCCUGGUGGACACACCUGGCUUUGGGGACUCAGUGGACUGCUCAGACUGCUGGCUGCCAGUGGUGCGCUACAUCGAGGAGCAAUUUGAGCAGUAUCUUACGGAUGAGAGCGGUCUGAACCGGAAAAACAUCCAGGAUUCUCGGGUCCACUGCUGCCUCUACUUCAUCUCACCCUUCGGCCGGGGGCUCCGGCCCCUAGAUGUGGCCUUCCUCCGAGCUGUGCAUGAGAAGGUCAACAUCAUCCCAGUCAUUGGCAAAGCAGAUGCCCUGAUGCCCAAGGAAGCCCAGGCCCUCAAGCAGAAGAUCCGGGACCAGCUGAAGGAGGAGGAGAUCAACAUCUACCAGUUCCCUGACUGUGACUCUGAUGAGGAUGAAGACUUCAAGAGGCAGGAUGCAGAGAUGAAGGGAAGCAUCCCCUUUGCAGUCGUCGGUUCAUGCGAGGUAGUAAGGGAUGGUGAGACCCGGCCGGUGAGGGGACGCUGCUACUCCUGGGGUACCGUGGAGGUGGAGAAUCCACAUCACUGCGAUUUCCUGAACCUGCGACGGAUGCUCGUGCAGACGCAUCUGCAGGACCUGAAGGAGGUGACGCACGAUCUACUGUACGAGGGCUACCGGGCCCGCUGCCUGCAGAGCCUGGCCCGGCCGGGGGCGCGAGCCAGUCGCAGUAAGCUUUCCCGCCAGAGCGCCACAGAGAUCCCACUGCCCAUGCUUCCUCUGGCCGAGACUGAGAAGUUGAUCCGCGAGAAAGACGAAGAGCUACGCCGCAUGCAAGUGAUGCUGGAGAAGAUGCAGGCCCAGAUGCAGCAGAGCCAGGCCCCGAGCGAGCAGUCGGACACCCUCUGAGACCCCCGCCUCGGCCCUCCCUUCCUUCGGCCUCCCUGUCCUCGGCCCCGCCUUCGGCCCGUCUCUUGCCCAAUCCCCGAGGCCCAGCCAGCCCAGCGCCUAGUCAUGGAGCCCCAGCCGGUAGGCCCGCCCUUGCACGGGCUAUGAAAAGUCUCCCUCUAAUCGGUUCUCCUCAAAUCUGGAGUUGGGAGCCUCGCCUCUCGCCCCGCCCCGACUCUACCCCUGCCCGCCCUCCACUUCGCCCUUCGUUCUCUUCCUGAGCAGACAUCUCCAGCCCCGCCAAGACCCCCUUCUCCGUCUUCGGGCGUCGCCCGUCUUCCCCCAAGCUGUAUCUUCAAUAAAAGCUGAGCUGCC